AUGAGAGCCAUGUUACCCUACUUCUCAAAAAAAUGGGAACUGAGAGGUACUGUGGAAGGGUCUGACCUAGGCAAUGGAAGCUUCCAAUUCCGCUUUGACUACGCUGAUGACCUGAGGAAAGUACUGGAGAACCGUCCUUACCAGGUCAUCUUGGAGAAAUGGGAACCAAUCAUUUCAUCUUCGUUCCCAUCUCAGAUUCCUUUUUGGAUCUCCCUAAGAGGACUUCCUCUUCACUACUGGAAAAGAGAACUCCUUCUCAGCAUUGGAGACAAGAUCGGACACCUUACUUCUUAUGAACUGACCUCGACAGCUGCAAAGAUUAAAGUUGAAGUCAAUGGACUAGAAGCGAUAAUAAAGGAGGCUAUUGUUGAGUUCGAUGGAGGAAGUGAAGCCCUGGUUACCCUGGACUACCAUAGACUAGACAAGCACUGCCUCUACUGUUUCAAGCUAACCCAUGAGGAGUUCGACUGCCCAGAAAACCCUAAGGCCAACCGUUCUCCACUCCCGGAAAGAACUUACUCCUCUCAAAGACCCAACCACCUAAAGCCUCCCUUCCUCACUUACUCCGGAGAAAACCAAAUCUCACUACAUCGAAACGCCUCGCCCAACCGGAGAGGUACCUAUUCUGCUCAAAGACCACACAGAUCUCACACCCCGCCUCGGCCAAUGCCUCUUAGAGCCGCUCACAGAUCCCCAAACCCCCGUAACUCCCUGAUGAUAGGAUUUGUGUGUGGAUGUGAAAAGAUAUGA